AUGCUAUUCUGGACCUUUUGCCUCCUGACGUUUUUGCAGUGCCUUGCCGGUCUGGUUGUCAGUACCCUAUGCCGUGAUUUCGUGGCGGACGAAAACGUUGCUUUGGAGCUUCGACAGAACGUGUUUCGCUAUUACGGCACUUUUAGCCGUACCAUCCUCACCAUGUUCGAAAUUUUGUUCGCGAACUGGGCCCCACCGGCACGUGUCCUGCUGGAAAACAUGAGCGAAUGGUUCUCCGUCUUCUUCUUGCUUUACCGCUGUGUUCUGGGCUUCGCGGUGCUUAAUGUA